CGACUAAAAACAAAAAAGCAAUUCCGUCUACUAGUAAACCAACUUACUAGUAUAAUAAGAUGAAGUCCUCUAUUGUUGCUUUAAUUGUCGGCGUCCUCGGUUUAUCGGCAACAACACUUGCCGUUACAACAGCAGGUACAUCGAACGAUCAAUGUAAAUGGACAUGCGACGUUGUUAAAAAUGGAACCGUAGAGUGGAAGAAUGGGGUGCAAAUAAUAUUCAACUCAAAUGUGACAAUUACUGUUUCGAAAAUAGAAGAAGUCACAGUUAUCGUUAAUAAGAAAACCAAUGUGGUUUUGGCAAUUGACACGAAGAACUCGUUGUUCUUCAUCGGUCUUCGUAAUGCUACAUUUGGUUUAAUCAUCGAUAUAAAAGCCGGAUACUGCAUGAAAGUGGAGAUUGAUAUAAACCUUAUAUUUGCUAGCGACUUCGCCGCGUUAAGAAAGGCUUUCGAUAAAGCCGCCGGGGAUUUGCAAGCUAAGGGCACAGAUGUAGUUAAAAUAAGCUUUGACUUUAUUAUGAAGACCAGGUUUGAUGUUAACAUCAUCUUUAUAGACGGUAAAGCAGAAAUCAUUGCAGACAUCAAAACAACGUACACAGUUGUGUUCGAAUUGAUCUACUCCGCAGGGUCAGAGAUCGGGAAAAACUACAAUUCAUAUACUGUCACUAUUUAUGCAAUGUUUGGUAUCGCAAGUCAUCAAUCAGUAACAUUCUGUAACGCAAUUGGUAGAACAAUCACGCGUUUUGGAAUGUUAUCUUCUAAAGUCGCUUUAUAUAUUGUUAGGAACAUAAACGUAGAAAUAACUCUCGAAGCAUACAUAACACUGGUUAGUAAUUCGGAAGAAUCAGUAGAUGAAAUUAUCAGUAAUGCAAAGAAUACACAGUCAGUUGGCAAAACCUUCAAAAUUGGCAACUUAUCAGUCAAUCUAAAUAUUCUUUACGUUCAAAGUUACCUUGCAUUUAGUUUCCAGCUCGGCAGACUUAAUAUUAAUUUCCAAUAUACCGGCACGAUAUUAACGUUUGUUAAUGAUGAUGCUAACAUGAUUUUUGCAAUUUCCUAUAAGUAUACGUUUAUAUAUUCUCUUGAAUUGGGUGGUGGUUUUCUGUUUACAAAUAACCAAGCAUACUUCGUUUCAGAGAGUUAUAUAUUAACUAAAGUGACUGGCACAAAAACAGUCGAUUCAACAGUCAUAACUAGUUUUAUACGCGAUCAUACUAGUACUAUAACUCUUAAAGUGAUUGCACUAAGUGAAUUACAAGUAGCACUGGAGUCUGAAAGUAAUUUUAAAACUUUCUGUAAUAAAUAUAACAUUUCCAAUGCAAGCGAUGCCUACAAGAUCUUUGGAAAUUACAGAAAUGUUAUAACAAAGACUGUGUUUGUAUAUUCGGUGAAUGUGGUAGUUGCCUUCAGAGUUUCCUUCUCCCUCACAUUCAAUUACGAAGUCAACUUGUCAGUAUAUAAUAACGUUAUAGUUACAGGUAUUGCUACCACAUGUGACACCGUUAGCAAAAGUCUUGUGCCAAUAAAAUCAGAGACUCUGUUUGUCUCUCUCAAAUUAGCAAUUGGUUCUUCCAACUAGUUUAACAUUUUAUUUACACAAAGUUUUCAAGCACACAAUUAGAAGCAAUCUCGAUGUAAAAUAGGAAUACAGAAUUAUUUAUUAAAAUUAAGUAAAGAGCAUCCCAAAAAUGACAAA